AUGAACGCGUCACUCGCUGGAAGUGAGAAACGAGUACAAGCCACAGUCGGUGUAUCGAUCUGCUGCCGGAAAGACAUAACCCGACCGACCAACCGACCGGCCAACCGACCGACUGACCAACCGACCGAUCGCAGGCUGCCUGCGCUUGUGGUUGCCGACGGACGCGGUUUGGUUGGUGGUGGCGGUCUUCUUCCUAGCCUGGUUCAGGGGACUCCUCGUCCGUUCGUUCUUCGACUACCGCUCGGUCCAUCACCUGACGGAUAUCCGCACUGCGUCGUUUCGUCGUUGGCCAGUCCGUUCAAUAAACGUGUAGGACGCAGGCGACGGGGCGGCAACGACGAGCUCGACAACUACAACGACGAGGACGAGGAGGAGGACGAGGGCGACGACGAGUGCGAGAUUAAUUCUCGUGCCUCCACGACGUAA